CGCUCUCCCAAUCAUCUGGACGGAGACACUUCCUCCUUCGAUGAAUGUUUCGUUCCGAUACGGUCCAUCACCCCCUCACCAAGGCACAUCCUCCUUAAAAACUAUGGCAACUCCAAUGGGCGUGCCUUCCAUCCGCCUGCGCUUAGCAUCGAAGCUGCAAAGAUCAUUACCACAGCAACCCUUCGUUUGCCGAAGAUGUCUCCAUCAACAAUCUCAAGCCGGCACCAUCUUCCGACCGCAACAGCGAGCACCCGUCAAGCAAGCCUAUCUCCCUAGAGCACUCCGACAGACACGACCCCAGAGUACAGCCUCACCAACACAACAGCCUUCCGUCUCCCCCCUCUCCGCCCUAAGCCAAAACAUCUCCCGCACCCACUCCCGCCCUCACCCCGGCACCUCCUCCACCUCCACCUCCACCUCCUGGCCGGAAACCAACUCGCGCACGGUAGCCUACUGGCUCCUCGCCUCCGCCACCAGCGUCUUCGGCAUCGUCAUCUUCGGCGGCCUCACCCGCCUUACCGAAUCCGGCCUCAGCAUCACCGAAUGGCGGCCCGUCACCGGCUCCUUCCCCCCCCGCAACCAAGAGGUCUGGGAGCAGGAGUUCGCGCGGUACAAGUUAAGCCCCGAGUUCAAGAUGCUGAACUCCCGCAUGACGCUCGAGGAGUUCAAACAGAUCUACUGGAUGGAGUGGACGCAUCGGCUUUGGGGGAGAGUGGUCGGGGUGACUUUCUUACUGCCGACGUUGUAUUUUGUGGUGCGGAGACGGGUUACGAGGGGGAUGGCGGGGCGGUUGGGAGGGAUUUGCGGACUGAUUUGUUUCCAGGGCUUUAUCGGGUGGUGGAUGGUGAAGAGUGGGUUGAAGGAUGAUUUGUUGGAGACGGGCAAGCAUCCGCGCGUGAGUCAGUAUCGGCUUGCGGCGCAUUUGGGGACGGCGUUUGUGGCUUAUUUGGCCAUGGUUUGGAAUGGGGUGCGCAUUUUGCAGGAACAUGCGUUGGUGAGGGAUCCGGGGGAGGGGUUGAAGGCGUUGCAGAGGUUGGGGGGGAAAGAGUUACGACCCUUUCGACGAAGUGUCGCCGCGCUCAGCGUCUUGGUGUUCGUGACGGCCAUGUCUGGCGCGCUUGUCGCGGGGUUGGACGCAGGACUGGUUUACAACGAUUUCCCCUGGAUGGGACAGGGACUCCUCCCGCCCAAACGAGAGAUGUUCGACCCGUUUUACUCCCACACACCAUCGCGGAACGAUCUGAUCUGGAGGAAUAUGUUCGAGAACCCCGUCCUCGCCCAACUCGACCACCGCAUCCUCGCCACCACGACUUUCUGCGCCGUCUUCGGACUAUGGGGUUACAGCAGGUUUAGCCCCGCCGUACGUACUAUGUUACCGAAAGCGGCCAAGACGGGGAUGCUCGGGGUGGUGCAUCUGGUUAGUUUGCAGGUGGUAUUGGGGAUCACGACGUUGUGGUUCUUGGUACCGACGCCGUUGGCUGCGGCGCAUCAGGCCGGGGCGUUGGCGUUGUUGACGGGGGUGUUGGUGUUGGGGAGUCGGGUGUGGGUUCCGCGGGGGAUGGUGCGGUUGCUGCAGAAGAGGGUGGCAGCAGCGGCGGCGGCUGUUGGGGUGCAGAGUAAGAGUGCGGUUGGGAGGAGAGGGGCUGAUGCGAUGCUGAAGGCGAGGAUUCAGAGCUCGUGAGGUUUUGGGACUUCUACAUGCUGGAAUUCUUGGGUUUGUAGUAUAGCAAGAUAUGCGGGAUUGAAGCGGCACGCUCUCCAGCUCAUAGAAUACAUUACGAAGAGAAUUGACUCGUUCUUCUAUCACAGGUCCG